AUGCGUCUCUACUUCAUCAGGGGAGGCAAAAGAAUCUGGUUUUCAAGCUGGCUCGAAACCUGUGGCUGGCCAAUCAUUUUCAUCCCUCUCACAAUAGCAUACAUGCACCGCCGCAAAACUGGCGGUGCCACCACCAAAACCCAGUUCUUCUUAAUGAAACCUCGAAUACUUAUCGCCUCAGCAGCCAUCGAAGUUUUGACCGGACUCGAUGACUACAUCUAUGCCUACGGUGUUGCGAAACUACCAGUUUCGACCUCUGCUCUUAUUAUUGCUACCCAGCUUGCAUUCACUGCAGGAUUUGCGUUUCUUCUUGUUAAAUAG